CGUAUAUUGGAGAAGACAAUGUCUGGAAGCUUCUACUUUGUAAUCGUUGGCCACCAUGAUAAUCCCGUCUUUGAAAUGGAAUUUCUGCCCGCUGGAAAAGCAGAAUCCAAAGACGACCACCGUCAUCUGAACCAGUUCAUUGCUCACGCUGCUCUCGACCUCGUAGAUGAAAACAUGUGGCUGUCUAACAACAUGUACCUGAAAACUGUGGACAAAUUCAACGAGUGGUUUGUCUCGGCGUUUGUUACGGCUGGUCAUAUGAGAUUCAUCAUGCUUCACGACAUACGCCAAGAGGAUGGAAUAAAGAACUUCUUCACCGAUGUCUACGAUUUGUACAUAAAGUUUGCAAUGAAUCCAUUUUAUGAACCCAAUUCGCCUAUCCGAUCAAGCGCAUUUGACAGAAAAGUCCAGUUUCUUGGGAAGAAACACCUCUUAAGCUGAAUGUGGAACAAUCC